AAUAUAUUAUGGAAUGAAAUCUGAAAGAAAAAAAAGAAGAUAGAAAAUUAUCAAAAUUAACAUAAAAAAGUUUGAAUCAUGCGACACGAUUUGACAAAAAAUGUAUCACAAAUUCAACAAGUCGAAGUAAAAAAAACGAGAAAAAUAAAUAAUCAUUUAAUUAAAAAAGAAAAUUCAUAAUAGUAUUUGUGUAAUUCGCUCUUCGCUAUUGAAUUUAUAUAUUUUUCUUCGAACAACUACUCCCAUGGAAUAGCAUCAUCAUCGGUUAAGAUAUAAUACUGUAAUAUAUCGAUCCUCUUCGGUAUCGACAACAAGCGGAGACGCGUUUUCGUUCGUUAGAAGAAUAUACGAGAUGAAUACGUUCGUUAAAGCAUCAAAAGUUUUCAUUAUUCGAUAAUCAGCUCAGAAAGUCUACAAACAAACGAAUACGAAAAGUAGUUCCGUUUCUAGUUUGGUUCAGGGAACGAUCGAAUAUGGAAAUCGCAGCCUCUGCAAUGUUGGAUGGCCUGAAAAACAAUCGAAUCAGCAAGUUGGCACUGUCGCGGUUCUUGUCGCAGAGUCUAUUAUAUCUAAAAAGCUUAAUAACGGGAAUGUGAACGCGUCCACGCAAUAAUCGUGGUUAAAGACACUCGGAACAAUAAAAUCAUGUGGGCUGCAGUCACGAGAUCUUUGGAAAUACUGGUUGCCUUCUUCGAAUAUUACACUACCAGAGCGCAACUGGAAACAACCGGUAGUCCAGCGAAUAAACCAGCAUCAUCGGCGAGUGGAAGUGGCACUGGUGGAACUAGUGGGACAAGUGUCGGUGCGAAUAACUUAACGACAAGCGGAGUAGCCACAGGAAGUAGCGGAUCUGGCGCCACCGUAUCUGGUAUUGGUACUGUGAAUGCAGGGACCAGUGGUAUCAGCAUCGGGACGAAUGUUGGUACCGGAAAUGUGGCCAGUGGAACGGUUGAAUCUCGUACACCAACGAUCGGAGUACAAAAUAAACAAUUGCAAAAUGUCAAAGGAGAACAUCCUUCAAAAGCAUUCCUACAAAAUAGAUCGAUGUCUUUAGUAGACAUGUAUAUUGAUAAUUCGGAACCCAGUGAAAACGUUGGCCAAAUUCAUUUUAGUCUGGAAUAUGACUUUCAAAAUACUACGCUUAUCCUACGUAUUAUACAGGGUAAAGAUUUGCCAGCAAAGGAUUUAUCCGGAACGUCCGAUCCUUAUGUUCGCGUAACUCUUCUGCCGGACAAAAAACACCGACUCGAGACGAAGAUAAAGAGACGCACGCUAAAUCCUCGAUGGAACGAAACAUUUUAUUUCGAAGGUUUUCCAAUUCAAAAGUUACAAAGUCGAGUGUUACAUUUACAUGUAUUUGAUUACGAUCGAUUUUCAAGAGAUGAUUCCAUUGGAGAAAUGUUUCUUCCGCUAUGUCAGGUUGAUUUUUCGGACAAACCUUCAUUCUGGAAAGCUUUAAAACCUCCAGCAAAAGAUAAAUGUGGAGAAUUAUUGUGUUCUUUAUGUUAUCAUCCAAGCAAUUCCGUAUUAACUUUGACACUCUUGAAAGCUAGAAAUUUGAAAGCAAAGGAUAUUAAUGGGAAAUCAGAUCCGUACGUAAAAGUAUGGUUACAAUUUGGAGAUAAGAGAAUUGAAAAACGAAAAACUCCUAUAUUUAAAUGUACUUUAAAUCCAGUAUUUAAUGAAGCCUUCUCAUUCAACGUACCGUGGGAAAAAAUUCGCGAAUGUUCGUUAGACGUAAUGGUAAUGGACUUUGAUAAUAUUGGCCGAAAUGAAUUGAUUGGGCGAAUUCAACUUGCAGGAAAAAACGGGAGUGGAGCAAGCGAAACAAAACAUUGGCAAGAUAUGAUUACGAAGCCACGACAAACAAUCGUACAAUGGCAUCGAUUAAAACCGGAAUAAAGAUCCCAAUAAUUGUCCAAGAUCUAAAAGUAACAAGAUCGAUGGUUGCUAUUUUGUUUAAUUCUUCUUAUUUGAUUGAUUGUAACGCAGAA